AUGGCUAGCAAAAAAGUAACAUCCAAGGAAAAAGAUUCUGAUGUCUACACUGAAACUCUUGAAGGUUAUGUUCAUUUACUAAGUCCAAUAAAGACUGCUGCAAAUUCUGCUAAAACGAACUAUUUUGACUGCAAGCUUCAAACUGGGCAAGAAGAAUCCUUGCGAUUGGUCUGUUAUUCACCACAAAAACGAGAAAGUCUUCAACAGGCAUAUAUAAAUAAGUCUCCUGUCAAAAUUGUUGGUACUAAGAAGAACAGCAAGAAACGAUUCAACACAGAUAUUGACGAAUAUUCUGUAUCAAAAUAUGCAAAAGUUACACCAGCAGAAAACAUACCUUUUGAGUAUAACCAAACAGUGGGAAACCGAUUGAAAACUGUAAAAGAAACCCAUCAGUGUGAUAUUUAUGACAUUGUUGAUCUAAAAGUGAAAAUCAUCACCAAGUCUGAGAACAAACAAGCUGUACUGAAAAAUGACCUGCCAAUCUACAAAAUAGACACUGUUGUGGCUGAUGAAACUGAAGUUAUAAAAUUAGUCUUAUGGGAAGAGCUUAUAGAUUCAGUUCAUUCUGGAUUAUCAUAUCACUUUCAAAACCUGACUGUUAGAAUAUUUGACGAUGAGAAGUAUGUCAACUCUAAUGAAAUGACUACCGUUACACCAAUGCACGAUAUCCAAGUCCACAUGGAAAAUCCAGAAAUAAGGGACAAUUUACUGACAGGACGUUGUGCAAGUGUUAAAAUAACUAAGUCAAGCUCCUGCAUAGUAUGUAACAAAAGCCAAGAAGUUAACAAAGAGGAAGAAUUUGUCACCUGCAAGAACUGUGGGAUGACCACACUAGCAGAUACUUUUCAAAAAACUAAACUUAUUGGUCAAAUUUUCAUUUUGACACCUGAUAACAAGAUGCAAAAAUACACCUGUUUCACAGAUAGUAUCCAAAGCUUUUUGACAAUUAAAAGMUGUACAACACCAUUAGCAGAACUUGACCCAGCAGACAUAGAAAGAAUGAUUCUCAAAGCUGGCUCGUUACGCAUGAUAGCCUCAAACAGCACAAAAGUAAUUUCACAAUUCCUUCCAGAUUAAGUACAGUAGGUAAUUAUAUCAUUUCAUACCUACAUUAAUAUGUUACUCUGUUGUUUUCAAAUUUUAUUACGUUGUCAAAUUACUAAAUUUGAAAAUAUUAAAAACUGUUAUAUUGUUCAAAUUUUAUUACGUUGUCAAAUUACUAAUGAAAAUAUUAAAAACUGUUAUA